AGGGAAGGAAGCGCCGCCGCCGCUGAUCGAUCGACGCGCCACCGGCUGGAUCACCGCCACUCGCCAAAAGGUUAGGGUUUUUGGAGAGAGGGCCGGGAAUCGUCGUCGCCGCUCCUCCGCCAUGGCCGCCGAUUGCUCGCUGGAUGCCACAGGGAGGAGAAGAGGCUAGCGCGGAGGAAACAAAGGAAUGGGAUGGAUGAAGGAGAAAUAUGUACGAGGUGAUUAGCACAGGGCGUAGUAUGCAUAGAAAUGAAGGAAUUCACGAAGGAUUCAUGGUGGAGAGGCAAGGAGACGUGGAGCUUAACGAUUACCAGCAGUUGCCAGGGGCGCCGCCGGCACCGCCACCCGGCGAUGAUUCUUCCAGUCCGGUGGAUUUUAUGAAGGAGGAGAGCCUCAAGUUUGAUGCGGUCUCGGACUUGGAUCGUUUCUUCGUGCGGCUCUAUGAGUACCAUCGCGAGCAGGGGUUCUGGUGCAUUGUCACGCAGUGGGUUCUGGAGCUGCUGUGCCUGGCCUUCACCAUCUUGUUCUCGGGGUUUUUCUUGCUCUUCGUCAACUGGCAUGGCCUCCGGACUGCCAAGUGUGGGAUUGCUGCGGCGGAAGCUGGGACUGCUCCUUGCGACUUGUCAAAGGAGGCGCUCUACGAGCAUCCGCUACAGCCUCUCACGUUCUACAGGUUUAUGGUCGUCACGUACUUGGUUCUGUUCUCGCUCUACUGGAUCUUUUGUUUCCUGAGGUUCUUCACACAGCUCAAGGAAACUCUGGAGAUCCGGGACUUUUACCACACAAGUUUGUGCCUUACGGAACACGAGAUACAGACCACCUUGUGGCCGGUGGUUCUGGAGAGAAUUGUGCAGCAGAGGCUGUGUAUAGUUCGGCAUCUCUCGGCUCACGACAUUGUGAUGCGCAUCAUGCGAAAGGAGAAUUAUCUGAUUGGGAUGGUGAACAAGGGCGUUUUUGCGCUUCCUCUUCCACACUGGGUGCCGGGAGUCGGGCUGACUGUUGCCCGUGGUCCUCAGGGUGUGCGGAAGCGGCUGUUUCUCAGUAAGACCCUCGAGUGGAGUCUAAACUGGUGCAUACUUCAGUAUAUGUUUGACAGGCGCUUCUCCAUUCAAAGAGACUUUCUUAACAAUCCUCAUCGGUUAAAGAAGCGCUUGAGAACAUUCGGGCUGUGCAUGCUCUUGUUGUCUCCCUUCUUGAUAAUAUUUAUGCUGGUAUUCUUCUUCCUGAGGCAUGCCGAGCAGUUUUACAAUCACCCAAGCUCUGCUGUCUCCCGCCGGUGGUCCAACUUAGCAAAGUGGACAUUCCGUGAGUUCAACGAGCUGGAGCAUAUGUUUAAUCAAAGGCUUAAUGCGAGCUACAAACCGGCAGUCGAGUACGUUAAACAGUUUCCGUCUCCAAUUGUUUCAAAGGUUGCAAAGUUCGUGUCUUUUGUCUCCGGCGGACUAGCAGCCGUGCUAAUUAUUAUCGCGUUUUUGGAUGAAUCUCUCCUUGAAGCUCAGCUCUUUGGGCGCAACUUGUUAUGGAUGGCCGCUGUUUUCGGCACUAUAACUGCAAUCAGCAAGCAAUGCACAGCCGACGAAAACCAAGUCUUUGAUCCAGAAGGCUUCAUGAGAUAUGUAGCACAGCAUACGCAUUACAUGCCAAAACAUUGGAGGGGAGCCGAGUAUACGAUCAGAAUACGGCUGGAAUUUGAAAAAUUAUUUCAGUAUACGGGUGUGAUGCUGCUGGAGGAAAUGAUUUCAAUAUUCGUCACGCCUUUUAUCCUUAUUGUUCUCCUCCCAGAGUGUGUCGAUGAUGUGCUGCAGUUUGUUCAGGACUUCACUGUCAAUUUAUCUGGCGUAGGCGAUGUUUGCAGCCUUGCAGUAUUUGAUUUUGAGCACCACGGGAACAUGAAGUAUGGUUCCCCGUGUUUUACAGCCAAAGACCGAAGGAGCAACCAAGGAAAGAUGGAAAAGUCGUUUCUAAGCUUCAAGAGCAACUAUCCAAACUGGGAACCCGACGCCAAAGGAAAACAGUUCCUAAAUCUUCUUGCUCAGUUCCGAAUGCGCCACGAAGAUCCCGCAACGCACCCAAUGUCGAUCCCUUCAUUGUCAUCCACCAUCCUGCACCAGACAGGAAUCUUCAGGGACGGCAUGAGUUCUCGGCAUCCACUUCUCCGCGCGAGCAUGAGGCAGAGCACGAGAAACGACUUCGUCCUACUGUCCAACAGCAACUUAGUCCAGGUGGAUCAGAUGUACUGGCUCGACCAGUACUACACGUCCAAGUCCGUGCAAGGCUACGAGAUCGCGAUACCAAUGGGGGAACAGGUUGAACGUGAGAGUGGUGGCGAAAGCAAUACCGGAGAGCUGCAGCGAUAUGCUGAAGCUGGCAGGAAUCUGGUAAAGGCGACUACAAGCGACCGGGCUGCUACCGAGAGUCGAUGGUGGGCACGGCGAGCUGGUGGCUCGGCCAUGAACGGGGAGAGCAUCUUCCAGCCUCCAGUGUUUCGGGGAGCAACCUUACCGCAGGACAGCGAGAGUGAGGAGGACCAGGACAGUGACUGGCUGCGAAGACCGUCACGGAGUUCUUUCACGAGCACUCACGCUGACAACGAUGGUGGCGGCCAGUUUGAUCUCCCCUUUGGCGACGUGUACGAGAAGUCACGCGAUUUCUCGGCGGACAAGCAAAGGCCAGGCGGUGGUGAAGUGAGGUCUGUGUGAAGUUUCAUCUCUUUCAAGCAAAAGCAGGAGAGAUGGAUUUCUUCCUGGCUUCUACUGCUACUUCCGGGCUGUGACCGAAAGGAUUUUAUUCUUUCAAUCGUGAUGUGAAGGCCAAGGUUUUCUACGAGAUUUAGAGUCGAUGAUCCGACACGGCACGACGACAGGUUUUUCAGUGUAAAGCUUCGUCGCUAGCUAACAAUCCGUUUUGUUUAUUUUGGUCCGUCAAAGCCACCCAUUUAUUCUGUACAGAAGAACCAAAAGGAAAAAAAACACUACUUUUUUCUCUUAAAGCUUGUAUGCCUUGUAAUAAAAAUAAAAAGGUGAAAAAGUCUUCAACAA